UUUGACAGGAUCAUCAUACGUCAUACGUAGAAUAUUUUGUACCAUAUCACGUUAUUGCGGAGAUAUAUCGGAGCGAUCUAUGACAAAGUGCGCGUAAAAGAGAUGGCAUUGUUCAGAGCGUUGCCCGCCGGAAUUGGCGUGACAUCCAAGAUUAUCUCACGGAGCGUUCCGGCCGUGUCUUAUCACGCAAACGUCAUAGAUCACUAUGAGCAUCCUAGAAACGUUGGUUCCUUGGAUAAGAAUGACAAACAAGUAGGGACAGGUCUUGUAGGAGCCCCUGCCUGUGGUGACGUGAUGAAACUUCAGAUCAAAGUUGAUGAAAAUGGCAAGAUAAUUGAUGCAAAAUUUAAGACUUUUGGUUGCGGCUCAGCUAUUGCCUCGAGUUCUCUAGCAACGGAAUGGGUUAAGGGAAAAACGGUGGACGAAGCAUUAGCAUUGAAAAAUACUGAUAUUGCAAAAGAGCUUUGCCUUCCACCUGUCAAGCUGCACUGUUCGAUGCUUGCCGAGGAUGCAAUUAAGGCUGCUCUAUCAGAUUAUCGUAUCAAACAACAGUCAAAAACUAAAGAGAAGAAUGAGACAAUCAACUGAAUUGAAAUAGUAAUGGAAGUGCUUUAAUUACACAAUAUCAUAACAGUAAAAAAUAGAUUUAGCUCUUUAUAGAUAUUUAUUAUUCUAAGAAAAUUAUUAUGCUAUUGUAAUCACAAUUACUUAGGUCGAGCUCGAGGAAUUGUACAUUCCUUAGGCUACACACACACACACACACACACACACACACACACACACACACACACACACACACACACACACACACACACACACACACACACACACACACACACACACACACACAACUUUUUUUUUAUAUUAAUAAAGCAAUAAAUCGUACCUGUAUUCCUGUCUCUUAUACUAGUUGAAAUAAAUUUAUUUACC